GGUAAGGCGGGUCCAUUCUUGUUCCGCUUGACGAAUGCGGCUGCCAUGUCGGACAUCUUCUCCUGAAGGUCCUUAUCGAUCUCAUCGACAGAGAGCGUGAACUUCGCGCCGUCGACAUCGCGCAGGACACGGUUCGUAAAGUCGUAGAUGUCCACUCGGUCAUUAGUGGGGUUCGCUGGGACCUGGGUGGCUUUGGCGGUCACUUCGGAUUGCUUGGCUAGCAUAGCUAACGUGGUCUCUGACUUCUUGCGAGAGUGGGUUCUCAUGAAGCUCUCGCGAUCGAAGUUCACUUCGUCGACAGCCGUCUGCAGAACUGCCUGCAUGGCGGUAUCGUCGGCGGUAGGCAUCUUACCGGUCGCCUCUCUUUCUAGCACUCCGCCUGGGUGCUUUCUUUCGGUCGGCGAUCGUACACCUGUGUAGCGACCGCGGGGUUCUGUUCUUUUCCGGGGGAUAUUCUU